GUCAAUACUCACUGGCACUAUGGCUGCAGAACAGAUCAAGCUGAAAUGUGCGUUUCGGACUGGUGCGCUUCUGGUUGUGGUGCUACUGCAAGCCGUGGCGUAUGGGACCGCUACUGGCGUGUAUCUAAGCUAUAUACCGGACCCCGCUACUAAUGUAGUUCCUAAUGUGCCUCCAGAAACAUACUUUCAUUAUGUGGUAGAUAUCGACAGUGUUACACAGCCAACACUGAUCCGCAUCAAGCAAGAACCGUACGUGGUGGUGAAGGUAUCUAACUUGGAGUUUUGUACGGUAAUAUGGAGCAACAAGCAUUUAUUGAGGCGUGUACCAGCAAGACGGGCAAUAAAAGACUUUUGCAGAUCGAUACGCCAGUCAGGAAAAGAGAUGGCAACUGCCACGGAAGUGACGUCCGUACUUGACGUCACCGCUACUGGCGAGUCUGGUAAAGCAUUGCGUGCCGAAGCGAGACUGGCGGAACGACAGCACCCCUCUGCUGAAGCACUGAACCUGAAGAAACUCACAGAAUGGUGCAAGCAUCGGAAGCAUAUAGACAACAAACUGGUUCGAGUAUAUUUAUCAGAUAUCUGCAGCAACUUGGGUAAAACAGCGCCCACAACUCUACCUGCCAAAUCAUUUGGACCCCUCACGGCAGUACCCGUAACGACAGAUACUACAACUGAUCCCACGACUGAAGCAGAAGCGGACGUAACGUCGAAAGGAGCCUACGCUUCGCAGCCAGCAGUAAGCGGCGUGGAGCCAAAGAUGGGCGGGGCGUCCAAUUAUUCUCACAUAGACCUUACCAUAGAAAUAUGCCAGAACCUGCACAUAUUAGAUAUUCCACAGCCAACAAGACGUGUGAUGGGUAUCUUCUGCAGACUUCAAUAUCGUACAGAAAAUAAAGCGGUCAUGGCCAUGGAAGGUACAUCAAACACGACGCAGCCUUCGGAUCUCAAGGCUCAGCAUAGGAGAUUUUUCAAACUUAGAGUUUGUCCUCAUCUGGAACAAGCAAAGGAACUAAAAUUUUUAUCAAGCAACUUGCCGCGUUACUGCAAAGAUUUAGCGAAUGAGGGCACAGAUAUGUCAGCGGAAUCGUAUGGGACCGCCACUUUUGCCCAAGUGACUAAAGAUGCGGAUCCCAUGACUGAAACUGUGACCUUGAAGACAGCCUACACUUACAAUGCACAGUCAGCAGUACCCAGCCUGAAGCCAGAGAUGGGGGCGGCAUACAAUAUUUCUGACACGGAGCUAGGCCUAUUAGUGUGUCAGAACUUUCAUUUAAUCGAUAAUUCCAUGCCCUUUAUGGCAAGACGGGCACUAUUACUCUACUGCAAAAUUAUGAAUUUUACAGAUACAGGAACGAGUACGGCCGCCGCCACGGAAGUGAUGUCUGCACGCAAGCUUACCACAACAGCGGCCGCAGGCACCUCUGAAGAACCUUUCGACACGAGUCGUGUCCCUGAUACUGAGCAAGCUGCGACGAGCGUGACGCAACAAGAGGAACCCUCUUCACACAUCUCGUCCUUGACCAAACUCAGAGAAGUGUGCAGACAUCUGAAUCAAGUAAAGAAUAAAAUGUUUGGACCAUUUUUACCGGGGCUCUGCAAGCACGUCGAUAAACCAGAUAUGUCGGCGGAAUCGAAUGGGACCGUCACUGCUGCCGAAGUGACUAGAGAUGCGGAUCCCAUGACUGAAGCUGUGACCUUGAAGACAGCCUACACUUACAGUGCACAGUCAGCAGUAACCAGCCUGAAGCCAGAGACGGGAGCGACGCACAAUAUUUCUGACACGGAGCUUGGCCUAUUAGUGUGUCAGAACCUUCUUUUACUAGAUAAUUCCGUGUCCUUUAUAGCGAGAUGGACUCUAGCACACUAUUGUAAAAUUAUUAAUCCUACAGUUACAGCAACGAGUACGGCCGCCGCCACGGAAGUGAUGUCUGCACCCAAGCUUACCACAACAGCGGCGGCAGGCACCUCUGAAGAACCUUUCGACACAAGUCGUGUCCCUGAUGCUGAGCUAGCUGCGACGAGCGUGACGCAACAAGAGGAACCCUCUUCACACAUCUCGUCCUUGACCAAACUCAGACAAUUGUGCAGACAUCAGAGUGAAGUAAAGAAUAAAAUGUUUGGACCAUUUUUACCGGGGCUCUGCAAGCACGUCGCUGAACCAGAUAUGUCGGCGGAAUCAAAUGGGACCGUAACUGCUGCCCAAGUGACUAGAGAUGCGGAUCCCAUGACUGAAGCUGUGACCUUGAAGACAGCCUACACUUACAGUGCACAGUCAGCAGUAACCAGCCUGAAGCCAGAGACGGGAGCGACACACAAUAUUUCUGACACGGAGCUUGGCCUAUUAGUGUGUCAGAACCCUCUUUUACUAGAUAAUUCCGUGUCCUUUAUAGCGUGAUGGACUCUAGCACACUAUUGUAAAAUUAUUAAUCCUACAGAUACAGCAACGAGUACGGCCGCCGCCACGGAAGUGAUGUCUGCACCCAAGCUUACCACAACAGCGGCGGCAGGCACCUCUGAAGAACCUUUCGACACAAGUCGUGUCCCUGAUACUGAGGAAGCUGCGACGAGCGUGACG